AUGGCCACUUCCACCACCGUUUCCAUUCCAGCGGCCAUCACCAUCUCCAACUUAAGCUCCCGCCUCCGCCGUGGCGGUGAUGCUACUGUCUCCAGCAACAACGCGUUCCCUCAUCCGGACCAUGUUGACGCGAAAUACCACCUCCCAACUCCGCCGACCUCGAUCUCUCCUUCUCUUGCUCCGGUUCACAAGUUCAAACAGAGCUGCAGCGUAGGCGAUCGUCAGGGUGUAACAGACUCGGAUGUUGACGUCUCCGACAUGGGUGUUGGUGGCGUUUCUAAGCUCCCUACGACCGAAAGCCACAACCUGGAGCCACAUCUCUCAGAAGCUGCUGGAGCAAUCACCCCUGCUCUCUUGGCCAAGUACCAUUUGCCUGGGAUCUUGCUCCAACAUGGCCCUUUAGCUAUUCGUCAUGUAACAGCACACCUGAUCUCAAACAUUCCGGGAUUUAGCACUAUUCCUCCAGCAAAGCAGAGGAGGCUUGUUGUUGGUGCUCUGGAGGGACGAGGGGGUGUCAGUGGCAGUGAGGGUGAAGCUGGGGGUGUAAAUGGGGACGUUAUUUUCGAGAAAGUUGGCUGGGGUCGGUGGGAUGCUAGACUGAAGGACGAUCUGCCAAGGGAUCGUGAGGGGACUUUAUCAAGGGGGCUUUCACCAGCUACCUCAGUUCUUUCAACCUCAGUUUCAACAUAUGGGGUCAAGUCUAAUGGAAUCUACACCGGCGAAUCUGGAAUAUUCGUGCAGUCUGAAGAGGAAGCGUCAGAUCUUUCAGAAGAUCCUGAUACCAUGGAGCAAGAUGAGAAUGAAGCUGAUAUGAUGUCCCUUGAUGAACACGCAUCAGAGGAAGAGGAUGCGGAUAUGACUGAUGAAGAGGAUUGGGCUCAAAUGGGUGCUGCCAUGCUUCGACGACAAGCUGGUUCCCCCAUAACAUCAGAUGGUUUUUUGAGCGGGUUUGCUGGGAGUCCAGCUGUCGGUUACGGAUCUAUGCCAACAUGGCAGGCAAAAGCUUCUAGCUUCUACAGUUCGAACGGAUACGAUGACUCCGCGGCGGCGUUGAGGGCACGAGAGGAGAGAGAAGCAGUUGAGGCGUUGGUUAAGCUCAGUUCGAUUUGA